AUGGCUACCGAUUCGGGGGAGCCGGCUAGCACCGAAGAGUCAGAGAAACCUGAUGGAGUUUCUUGGGGAAAUAGAGUUCUUCCGGCCGAUGCCGCUUUGUUGAUGGAGAUUAAACUGAAGAAGAGUGCCAGGACCUUCUCUGCUUCUGGGGAAACCACGGAGAAGACGAGAGUCUUCAGGAAGAGCAAGGAGAUGACGGAAGACGACGUCUCUCCCAAAGACGAGAGUGCCCAGCGGGCCCAAAGAACAGCUCCACUUUCAACAAAUGGACUGGGAGGAGGUGGACGAGAGGGCAAACCCGAACAAGGGUCAAAGCCCAAUUGUGAAGCCUCUAAAGAUUGUCUCAAGGAGAAAAGCGAAAAGGAGAUGGAAGAAGAGGCGGAAAUGAAGGCAGUAGCUACUUCCCCAAGUGGCCGCUUCCUGAAAUUUGACAUUGAACUGGGCAGAGGAGCCUUCAAAACAGUGUUUAAAGGGUUAGACACAGAGACGUGGGUGGAGGUCGCCUGGUGUGAGCUGCAGGACCGGAAGCUGAGCAAAGCUGAGCAGCAGAGAUUCAAAGAAGAAGCCGAGAUGCUGAAGGGUCUUCAACACCCCAAUAUUGUCCGCUUCUAUGAUUCCUGGGAAUCCACAGUGAAAGGGAAAAAGUGCAUCGUCUUGGUGACCGAGCUCAUGACAUCGGGCACCUUGAAGACGUACUUGAAACGGUUUAAAGUCAUGAAGCCAAAGGUAUUAAGAAGCUGGUGCCGGCAGAUUUUGAAGGGCCUCCAGUUCUUGCAUACAAGGACGCCGCCCAUCAUCCACCGGGACUUGAAGUGUGACAACAUUUUCAUCACUGGUCCGACUGGCUCGGUGAAGAUUGGAGACUUGGGCCUGGCUACCUUGAUGCGCACAUCAUUUGCCAAGAGUGUCAUUGGAACCCCGGAGUUCAUGGCUCCCGAGAUGUACGAGGAGCACUACGAUGAGUGUGUGGACGUCUACGCCUUCGGCAUGUGUAUGCUGGAGAUGGCCACUUCCGAAUAUCCGUACUCCGAGUGCCAGAAUGCCGCUCAGAUCUACCGUAAAGUGACCAGUGGGAUCAAACCAGCCAGCUUCAACAAGGUGACUGAUCCAGAAGUGAAGGAGAUCAUUGAAGGGUGCAUCCGCCAGAACAAGCGGGAAAGGCUGUCCAUCAAGGACCUCUUAAACCACGCAUUUUUUGCGGAAGAUACGGGGCUGAGGGUGGAGUCGGCGGAGGAAGAUGAUGGUUUAAAUUCCUCGUUGGCGUUAAGACUCUGGGUUGAAGACCCGAAGAAACUGAAGGGCAAACACAAGGACAAUGAAGCUCUGGAAUUCAGUUUUAAUUUAGAAACGGAUGUCCCCGAAGAAGUGGCGUAUGAGAUGGUAAAGUCUGGCUUCUUCCACGAGAGCGAUUCCAAGGCAGUUGCCAAGUCCAUUCGUGACCGGGUAGCUCUAAUCAAGAAGACCAGGGAGAGGAAGCAGGCCGGCUCCUUGGGGGCUGAACGCCGCCAAGAUUCUCAAGGCAGGCCUCUGCAGCAGACUGCUCCUCAGCUGCCCGGGAUGGAGUGUGAAGAGACGGAGGCUGAUCAGCACACUCGCCAGCAGCUCUCCCAAAAACAACACUGUCCCGCCUCGCUUCUCGUUGAUGGUUUGCCGGAGGCAGGAGUUGGGAUGGUCAAGUGUUCCGAUCCUUCGAGUCGACGCCCGGCGGCCUACCGCCCAGAUCCAGUGGUGGUUCCUGCCAAGGUUCCGCACGUCCCUCCGGCCAAAGCCCGACUUCCAGGGCACCUAUACCCUCCCCAGCAGCUGGUGGGACAUUACCAGCAAAUGCCAGGGGUGCAACAACAGGCAAGCCUCAGUCAGCCCCAGAUGUUGUCGUGUCAAGCCACUCUGACACCAGUAGCUGCCGUCCAGCAGUUCUCCCAGAGAAUGGAGCCCCAGCAGACCUUUGGAGCAGAUGGACAGCCCUCAAAUCCACCGACCUUACCCUCUGCCCAGCACCCUGCAGGCAUCAUGCUCGAUCCCAGCCCCCGGAACGGGAGUCAGAUGGCAGGCCCGAUACUGGAUGCUGAGCAGCCCUCGGGCUUCUUGCCAAAUCCACCCACGGCUCAGUAUGUGACUGGCACUCAGGGUACUCUCGGGGCCACCCAGCAGCUUCCCGCCUCUCUGGCUGGCCAUCAAGGAGCCCAGCUCACUGCCCCACAGCUGCCUUUAGUGUCCCAAGCAUAUGCCGUGGUCCAGCAGGAUUCGGGCCCUCUUUGUGCAGGGCCGCAGCCUAGCUACUAUCCGGUGCCUCGCCCGCCUCCAGCAGCGGCUUUGCUGAUGAAGGCUGUGGAGGUGACCCAUGAUUCUGGGCUCCAGGAGGCUGAGGCUCAGGUUGUCCUGCAGCCACCAGAGAGUGAUGGGAGAGCAGGCUUGAUUUCCCUCGGUGAACAGCAGCCCGUCUUCGCGGUGAAGCCGUCUGAGCUGCUGCCUUACCCCACAUAUCCCGUGCAGGUUCCUGCUCCUGAGCAAUCCUCUUACCCUGUGCCGCCCCAACCCCAGUAUGGCACACCACCUGCUUACGCCGUCCCUGCUCCGGCAGUGCGGUCUCUUUAUCCAGCCCCUCUCCCUGGACAGCCUGCAGCCUGUUGUGCCCAGCCUCCUUACCUGGAGAAGCCAGCCUACAUCAUGCAAGGGACUUACACUGGGCAGCCUAGGGAUCAGCCUCCUUACCCCGUCCUCCCUCCUGAGCAUUUUCCAUAUGCAGGGCAAGCAGCUCCCUCCCUCCAGGCCACAGACCAGGCAAAGCUCUUGGGCCACCACGCACACUCAGAUCGGCCACAGUACGUGGCUACGCCACUGCCACCGCCGCCGUCAUACGUCGUGCCAGCCUCGGAGCCCCAGGUGCAUCUAGGCCAGCUACCAGACAUUCCUUUGGCACGCGUGGAGCAGAAGGCCCAGCCGUACUCGACAGAGGCGAUGGCGGCUGUUCCGAAGGUGAAAGUCAACAGGGGGAAUGAGCAGCUCCGAGGCCCAGCUUCUUCACUAGCCAUUGGUGCUCCGAGGGCUGGGGAAUGCCAGCCGUGUCCCUUCCCACAGCAGCCUUGUCCCCAGGCCCCACUGCAGUCCUCGGGCUUUCAAGCUCAGCAUCCCCAGCAACAGAGUGUCCAGAGUCUUUUCUUGAAGUUCACGUUCCCUCCACAUCAGCAGGCAGUUCACCCUUCUCAUCUACCAGCACCGCUGCCCCAUGAGCUGCCAACUCCAGAAGGUUCUCAGAGUCAGCAGCAACUUCCAUAUGGCCAGCCUGGUGCCUUCCAGCAGACCCACCGCCAGGCCCAGCAAGCACCAGCUCUAGUUCCCAACUUGGCCCAGCAUUCUCAGCAGUCCCAGCAGUCCCCCGUGCUGCAGACCACCGAAUGCAGCCAGACUCUGCCUUGCCAGCAGCACCAGCCUGCAUACAGCCAGCCACAGUGGCAGCCACCAUUAAGCCAAGCAGUCGGCUCCGGGCCUUCGGAAUUGCUGUUGUUGCAGCAACAGCAGCAGCAGGCCCUUUAUCAGACUUCAGGGGCAGCCCUUCUUCCCACGCAGCCAGCCCCGAAUAGUCCAGCACAGGCCUCGUUUCCUGCCCAGGGCAUUCCUGGCCUGCAGACCCAGGCCCAGCAUCAGGCUUUAAAAGGCCAGAACGUUCUCAAGAGCUCCCAGCCUGGAUCCCAGCCGCCUGUGCGAGACCUCCAAUCAGCUCUGCCUAAAGCAGAUUUAGGCCGAGGACCCCCGGGGCUGCUUUUUUCUGAACGCCUCAAUGGCGCUCUGCCUGGCGUGCCCCACGCGGGGAGCCCGGGCACCUCCCUGCUUGUGCUCCUGUUCAUCGCUGCCUCCAGCCUCAUAAACCUUGGUGCUGAUGUAGUAGCAUCGAAGGAUGGUACCAGUGGGUUCGAGAACCUUAUUGGAAAUGGGAAACAGGACCGGAUGAAACAGAGAAGAGCUUCGUGUCCUCGACCAGAGAAGGGGCCCAGAUUCCAGUUAACCGUCCUCCAGGUUUCGCUGUUUGGCGAUAACAUGGUGGAGUGUCAGCUGGAGACUCACAAUAACAAGAUGGUCACGUUCAAGUUCGAUGUGGACGGAGACGCUCCUGAGGAUAUCGCCAACUACAUGGUGGAAGAUAACUUUGUGCUAGAGGGCGAGAAGGCAAAGUUUGUGGAAGAAUUGCAGGGGGUGGUGCGCCAGGCCCAGGAUCUCCUUCGCACCCUCCCUGGUGGGGAGUCGGCUCCAUCGGAAUCUAGCAGCUAUCAAACAGGAUCCGCUGAACAAACACAGACGAAUGCCACCUCAGCUCAAGGCUGCAUGGACUCGGCCCCUCAGUCCUCCCCAGUGGGUCGCUGGAGGUUCUGUAUCAAUCAGACCACCCGCAAUCGUGAGCCCCAGUCUCCUCCUGCUCUCCAGCAUGCUGAGGCAAAGCUCCCAGACAGACCCCCCCCUCUGCCUUUUCCUUGUUCGUCCUCUGGUGAGCCCUUCUCACAAGAUACACUUCUCAUUGUGUCAGCCAGCUCGCCCCAGGGCGAGCUCUCGGCUUCCGAAGCAGAGCCCAAGGAUUUGGCAGAUGGCAAGAUUUUGGAAUGUGCUGGUCCUGAAACUGAACAGCCAGCCCCUCUUCAUCAGCCGGAAGAGAGCAGAGCGCCACCGCUCCAUUUCGCUUCAGUACAUCUUGCUCACAUCAAGUUCGAGGAGUCCAUUCACCAAGUCCCCGGCACACACCUGCCUGCGUAUCCGGGGCACCGAGCUGAGGGCCACCCGGAUUUAGGUGUUGCCCACCCUGGAGAGUCACCCGCAUUCACAGAGAGCCCAGUUCCACUGCAGAUGGGUGUGUCGGAGCCGAGCCCUCCGUCCUCCUCAGCGCAGAGGCCACCUAGGUGUGACACCUUGGCCUCUCGAGAGGGUGCAGCUGCCGUGGGCAUGGAAGCCGCACCCUGUGCCCCUCAGUUGGCCGGGCUGGCCCAGAGCCCAGGCCUUGAUCCAGCCCCUCUUCCUUCUUCCUUGGUGCCUGAGGGAGAUGGCGAAAGACCUCCAAAGCUAGAAUUUGUAGACAACCGAAUUAAAACCCUGGAUGAGAAAUUAAGGAACCUGCUGUACCAAGAGCACAGCACAGCCGGUCUCUACCCCGAGAGUCAGAAGGACGGCCCGAACCUCGAGUCUCCGUUUUCUUCUUCCUCUUCGGCCGAGGAGACUCUCUGUGGCCCUGGGCCUGAAGUUCUGGGUGCGGGGUACCACAGAAGCCGGGGCAGCCCCACGCAGCGGGCUGGUACACAGCAGGCCCACUCGGAGCUUCUGGCGCUCUCUGCCGUGGAUCAGCCUGCUAAUGUUGCCGUGCUCAAAAGGGAGCCACCCAGCGUGGCCACGUCUGUACCCCGUGAGUUGGGUUUGCGUGAGGUGCCCCUGGACGCUUCCCUUCCAGGGGAUCCCGAAGCCUACCCUGCUACUGGGUUGAGCGGUGGUGGCGGUGGCAGCGGCGGCAAUGGCGGUGGUGGCGGCCGCAGCAGCACCUUCCAUCUACACACAGGAGGUGGAUAUCUUGGCCUAAGCCUCACUUGUCCUAGUCUCAGAGAUCCGGAGACGGCGGCGGCGGCGACGACGAGAGCAGAAGUUACUCCAGCCUCACUGCCUCAGGCAGGAGAAUCUGCCUUUCUCGACAAGUGCAUGGCGACUGGCUCAUUUCAGCGGGGCAGGUUCCAGGUUGUCACCGUGCCCCAUCAGCAGGUGAGUAAAGUUGCUUCUGGUGACAAAGACGGUGUACCCACCGCCAUUCAAGGCCUUGCCGAUCCCAGCACAGAUGAUGGAAAAGAGACUACUUGGCUUUCUUCGGUCACUCUCGGCUCUCUCCAUGAACCUCACAAAGAUGAUGACCGAGAUGGGGAGAACCUUUUAUCUCUCAGCACAUGUGAGACUGAUCCAGCCUCCGUGACUCCAGAGAAAGAUACCUCUGCUCCAGAAAGCAGUGCGCAGUCCGGGCCCGAGCUGUGGCUUAAGGACAGGCCUGGCGAGGCCGUUUGGACACAGCUGAGCUCGGAGAGUGAAUCUUCAGCUCCUCUUGGCCCCUCUGAAGAAUUAGGGGGAAGCCCUGGGGCAGUCCAAGAAGGAUCCCCCUAUGUGCAGACCCAGAGCACACUCUUCUAUUCUCCAUCCUCCCCAAUGAGCAGUGACAACGAAUCUGAAAUCGAAGACGAGGACCUGAAAGUCGAGCUUCAGAAAUUACGGGAAAAGUGA